UUAGCUGCCUAUCAGAGAAAGACAUUUUUUAUAUGUAACUUUGUAUUAAAAUAUCUAUGAUUUUUUUCGUUUUGCAAGAGUGAUCUACCUACCAGUGACUGAUCACAGAGAUGGCUGGCAGUAAAAAAGCCAAAGGAAAAGAUUUCCAAAAGGUGAAGCUGAAAGUUGGCAAAAUUAAGAGGAAGGGCCUGAACUUCACUGAUACGAGCUUCAAAAGCAAAAAAAUCGUCAUUCGUGAACAGUUGAAAGGAGAAAUAAAAGGAGUAAAGGAUCAGUUUGUUUUGGCAACUCGCAAACUCAGCAGCAAUAAUCCUUCCAAUGUCACAGACGGUCUUAACGCAGUUGUUCGCAUUCUCGACUUAUUGACAUCGGACCAACGACAGCAACUUGUGCAGCGUCUUGGUAUGUUGGCAUCAAGAGCCGAAGUUGCCAUUCGCGAUGGUGCGAUAUCCGUUCUCAAUCGAACUCUGGACAAAUUUUCCUUGGAACAUCGAAAAAGUUUUGCAGAAAAGCUGCUGCUAAACCUCCAGUGCGCGAUGACGAGCUUAGAUUGGGGAGUGAAAAAGAGCUCACUGCAGUUUCUCGAGGUACUUUUGCGUCAUACGCCAGAAGAGGUCGCUCGCAACUUUUCGAUAAUAGAGAAUCUUAUGGAUUUAGUAUCUUCCACGAAGCAAGGUACGAAUGCGCGCAAGCUUGAUAUGGAGCUUAAAUGCAGCACAGAUCAUUUGCGGUUAUGGCGCGACGUAGCGCGGGUCAUAACCCGUCUCGUUCAGUGCAUCAUGAAGACCUUUUUCAGCGGGGGUAAACAGACGACAAAAACAUGUUUGGGGUCCCACGUCGCACCACGCAUUCGAUGGUUCGUUCAAAUCGGCGCUGUUCGCCGUACCGUCACCUAUCGUGAAGGUGGUACCGUAGCCCAGUCAUUUAUCCCUGUGCUGCUUGCCAUGUGGUCUGGAAUUGAGAACUGCUCAACGGCGAAAGCCAUGCUUAAACAAGAUCUGUUUGCCCACGUUUCCCUCGCCAUGUUGUCCAUCGUUGAAUGGGCGGACGUAUCCAGCGAUUCAGGAAUAGAACUGCGGAAUCUAGCGGAAGAACUUACGAAUUUCUUUAUAAUAAGAUUUCCUGUAUCUUUCAAUAGUUCGCCAUGCACCGAUACGAACCUGCGUCUUGCAAAGGUGAUGAUUUCCAUCCACGGUGGCAAGGACACGGCCCUAAAUCAAUCGCUUUUCCAAGAGCUAAAAAAGCACCAGUCAUUAUCCGAUGCUAAACUUACCCUGGAAGUUGCUGCCCUAGCUGUUAAAAAUACGCCUGGCAUUCUCGAAUAUGUGAAUAGCCUUUUUUUCGUUAAGAAAGCUCAGGCGAGGAGGCCGUUCUAUAAGUUCUACUUAAACGUGAUCGAGAAACGUGUCAGUGACCAUCAUCUGAAUCGGAUGCUUCAUAAGGUGCCGACAUUUAUUAGCAAAAUCAUUAUUUUGUAUCCGAACGACUGUCACGAUGAAGUGAACUUCCUAGAGAAACUACAUUCGUACAUGAUCCCGGCAUAUAUCGAAGGCAUUAGCAAGUUGCCACUCUCUGCUCUCGAACAGGUUUUGAAAAACACCCAUGAGCAAGGGCCAAUGGCCCUCCGUUUAAUUCUCGAUCAGAGGCUGAUCAGUCAUCAGCAUCUCAAAAUUAUCACGGAUCGUUGGCACGACGCUGAGUUAAGUCAGGAAAAUAUGUUAUUUGUAAUUGGGCACCUCGCUUGGAAAAUCGAAGAAGUAUACAAUGUAAUGAUUAGCGAUCCCGUGAGUAACAUUGCUACUUUUGAUCUGCACAUUAAAAUGGUACAAUUAGUAGCUGAGUUUAUCCUUUGCAUAUACCUUGACCUCGACUCCGAUGAGAAUUCUCAUUUCUCGCGGGCAUUUGGCAGUCACUCGCAACAGAAGCAUUUACACUACUUUGAGCAGAUUCACAAAAGCGUUCUAUUUCUCAACGCUGACAGUCGGCACAGGAGAGCAAAGCUGGACAGUGUUAUUAGAGUGGUCGUCCUGCGUGACGAGUAUCUCAGAGACACCGUGAUGGAUCUAUUGCGCGAACUUCUUCGUAUAUGGGCGAUGUGCGACACAGCACUGACAGUCUCGUCCGUUACACUUAGCAACAUUUUGUAUCUGAUGAAUGCAGCAUUGGACUUUGAUGACGACAGCCUAUGUGACACUGUGGACAAGCUGAUUAAUCAACUAUUCGUUAGUCAGUUCCUAUUACCCACACCGGAGCAAGACCAAGAACUAAUUAAGACAUGCGUCCGCUACUAUGAACAAGCCGGGUUAGGAAGUAUGCUGCAGGACCUCGAACAGGUGAUGAAAUCCAAACCGGAAGAGUGUGACGAUCGACUUCAUGCUGCCUUUGCUAAGAGCACAAAAUUCUUUCUGGAACGGCAUCUCAUUCCCAAAGAGACCCAUUACCAGGAUUUAGUAGAUGACGCUAUGAGAAUUGCAGAUGCCUCCGAUGAGUCCAGUGAUUCCGUCGGUGAUAGUUCUGCAUAAAAUUUGCUUAUAGCCCAAUUGACCUAAAUCCGAUCCGUAUUGACCCAGUGGCCUGUUUGCUUCAAGCGGCAAAAGAGAAGCUCUAACCUUGCGAAAGUGUUAAGUGUGUGUACACUUUAUUGAAAAAAUCUAUCUCUAUGUUUUGUAUUUAGUUUCAUACCUAGCUCCAACGCGUCUCUAAAGAUAUGCAGACAUGGUUGCCACGUAGAAUAUUGCUUGUAAAAAUAAAAAGAUUACCUAGCUCCCAACAAAGGUUACUCGAAUGUAGUGAAAGCUGGAUUGGGUAAUGUGACAACAGAGAAGCUUCGUUCAGGCUAGUAGUGAAUGAAGGUCAUUUGUUGAAUUAAUAAUAAGGAAUUAUAUUUGAGCCAUUAAAAUAAUCAACAUGUUAUUUGAUGUCUCAAAAGAAAAGAGAAAACAAUAGAAAUAAUUGCAAUGCGAAAGUAGUAAGCUUAAGAUAAAGUUUACUUCUACAGUUAAAUCAUUUUGAUACCUUGCGAGGUGAAUUGUAAUUUGGUAGAUAAAUGAACCGAUUACCAGCUCCAGAAUCUUUUUCCUGUAGAUAUCCCGUAAGGUGUCCUACUUGCAAGAAUGAUGAAAAUGAAUUGACUCUUUGGAUUUUUGGUUUCUAGCUGAAGUCCACUUAUCUGAAACAAUGAUCAACAGUAAGUAUCCGACAUAUAAGUUAAAAUAUUUGUUCUAGCUCUCGCUAAGUUGCAUAUUUUUGGUAAAAGUCGCCCAAUAAAAAGGGUAAUACUGGCAGGAAAAUGAACUAAAUUAAUAAAAACGCGUUUACAGUCUCCUGUGAAUUCCCUCGAACAUCGCGAUGACGGCGUAGCACCGUUGACAUGAUACUUCUCAGAAACAACCAUUUUCCACCCGGCUAGCGGAUGAAGAUUAGUGUAACCUUGACUCUGCUUUACUAUUUUCUAGGUCUGUAACCAUCUCGUUUUACAAAUUUGUCGGAGAAAAAUAUAGUAAGACCCACCUAAAACAAUGCCUAACUGCUAACGCCAAAUGUAAAGACCCUUAUCUAAAUUUUCAAAAAAUAACAGAUGAAGUUAAAUAAGAAUACCUUUGAAUCCGAACCUGAGCUAAUCUUCUUUUUUCUAAUCUAUUUUUGGAUACCUUAUUAUGUAGUCGGAAUUGUUUAAUAUCUAGGUUUGAUGUUUCAGUCGUUUACAAUUAAAAUACAUGACGACAGGUGAGAAUAGUGUUAGCGAUAAUGGCAUUCCAAUAUAGAGAUCUAUUUUAGUAUUAAAUAGACCAUACUAGCGAGUGUACACAUAUAUAUAAACAUAUACAUAUAUAGAUGUGAAGUGCAAUGGUUUCUAU